GCAGUGGGUGAGCAGGGGAUUGUGGUGUGCUUGUGUCGGUGCCGUGUUGUGCGCUACCAUUACGUGCCGUCGCAGCCUGAGAUCGCCGUCGCCUGAGUCCCCAUCCAACCAUCAUGCCUGGCCACGCCAUCAAGAGCACUGGGCCCGACCCCGACCCUACCGAGUACCUGUUCGUCUCCAUGGAACAGAAGAUGCUCGAUCAGACCAAACCUUACGAUCCAAAGAAGUCCUGCUGGGUUCCGGACGAUAAGGAAGGCUACGUCGAGGGGGAGAUCCAAGGAGCGAAGGGCGAUACCAAGAUCAGCGUCCGCCUGAAGAACGGCGAAGUCAAGGACUAUAAUAAGGACUCCGUGUCUCAGGUCAACCCGCCCAAGUAUGAGAAGGCUGAGGAUAUGUCUAACCUGACCUACCUUAACGACGCCUCUGUCUUGUACAACCUGAAGACACGAUACAAGGCUAGGCUCAUCUACACCUACUCUGGCCUCUUCUGCAUCGUCGUCAACCCCUACAAGCGCUUCCCCAUCUACACCAACCGCACCGUCAAGAUCUACCAGGGCAAGAGGCGUAAUGAGGUACCUCCUCACCUGUUCGCCAUUGCUGAUGGUGCCUACAUGGCUAUGAUUCAAGGUGGAAGUAACCAGUCCAUGCUUAUCACUGGUGAGUCUGGCGCCGGCAAGACCGAGAACACGAAGAAGGUGCUGUCCUACUUCGCCAACGUCGGCGCUUCUGGGAAAGUGAAGGAAGGCGAAAAGAAAAAGAAUCUAGAGGAUCAAAUUGUGCAGACGAACCCCGUCUUGGAGGCCUUCGGUAACGCCAAAACCGUCAGAAAUGACAACUCUUCCCGUUUCGGCAAGUUCAUCCGCAUCCACUUCGCCCCCAACGGCAAGCUAUCCGGCGCUGACAUCGAGGUGUACCUGCUGGAGAAGGCUCGCGUCAUCUCCCAGCAGUCACUCGAGCGCUCCUACCACAUCUUCUACCAGAUGAUGUCCGACCAGAUCGCAGAAAUUAAACCUAUAUGUCACCUGAGUAACGACAUCUACGACUACCAUUAUGUGUCCCAGGGGAAGGUCACAGUUCAGUCUAUCGACGACAGAGAGGACAUGCAGUUUACUCACGACGCUUUCGAUAUUCUGAACUUCACCCAUACUCAGAGAGACAACUGUUACAGGAUAACGGCAGUUGUUAUGAACUUCGGUUGUUUGAAGUUCAAACAGCGAGGUCGCGAAGAGCAGGCUGAACCUGACGGCACCGAUCCUGGUAUCAUUAUUGGGAAACUGCUUGGUGUUGAUGGUGAGGAACUUUACAAGAACUUAUGCAAGCCUAAGAUCAAGGUCGGUGCUGAGUUCGUGACUCAGGGCAGGAAUGUGGAGCAAGUGCUGUACUCUUGUGGCGCCUUAGCUAAGGGUCUCUUCGACCGGUGCUUCAAGUGGCUGGUCAAGAUGUGCAAUAUCACUCUGGAGACUGGCCAGAAGCGAGCUAUGUUCAUUGGCGUGCUCGACAUUGCAGGAUUCGAGAUUUUCGACUUCAACGGCUUCGAGCAGAUCUGCAUCAACUUCUGUAACGAGAAGUUGCAGCAGUUCUUCAACCACCACAUGUUCGUGCUUGAGCAAGAGGAGUACAAGGCCGAGGGCAUUGACUGGGUCUUUGUCGACUUCGGUAUGGAUCUGCAGGCUUGCAUUGAGCUCUUCGAGAAGAAACUUGGUAUCCUCGCCAUUCUCGAAGAAGAGUCUAUGUUCCCGAAGGCUACUGACAAAUCCUUCGAAGAAAAGCUGAAGACCAACCACCUUGGGAAGUCCCCUGUCUUCGUGAAGCCUAAGCCUCCCAAGCCCGGCCAGGCCGAGGCCCACUUCGCCAUCGUCCACUACGCCGGCACGGUGCCCUACAACCUCUCCGGGUGGCUGGAGAAGAACAAGGACCCCCUCAACGACACCGUCGUGGACCAGCUCAAGAAAGCCGACAAUGAACUGACCGUGGAGCUUUUCGCUGAUCACCCCGGGCAGUCGGGCCCACCUGAGGCUAAGGGCAAGGGCGGGAAGAAGGCAGCCACGGGAUUCAAGACGGUGUCCUCCGGCUACAAGGACCAGCUGAACAACCUCAUGAGGACGCUGAACUCCACCGAGCCGCACUUCAUUCGCUGCAUCGUGCCCAACGAAACCAAGUCUCCAGGCGUCGUCGAAGCCGGCCUCGUCAUGCACCAGCUGACCUGCAACGGCGUGCUCGAGGGCAUCCGCAUCUGCCGCAAGGGCUUCCCCAACAGAAUUCCCUAUCCGGACUUCAAGCAUCGCUACAAGAUCAUCGCCCGGGAGAUGUCAGAGAUGACAGAUAAUAAGAAGGCUGCAAAGGCUUGCUUCAAAAAGGCUGGCCUGGACGACGAGUUGUACCGUCUGGGCCACACUAAGGUGUUCUUCCGCGCCGGUGUCCUGGGUUCGCUCGAAGAGAUUCGUGAUGACUGUCUCGGCAGGAUCAUUACAUAUCUUCAGUCUUGGAUCCGCGGCUUCACCAGCCGCAUCGGCUACCGGAAACUUCAAGAGCAGCGAGUUGCUCUCGUCGUCGUCCAGCGGAACGUGAGGAAAUUUAUGGCCAUGGCCAACUGGUCUUGGUUUAUUCUAUGGCAGCGAGUGAAGCCGCUCCUCCACCAGGAGCGCAUUGAAGACGUGAUUCGUGCUCUGCAAGACCGGGCUUCUUUGGCUGAGGAGAACCUCAACCGCGAACUUACGAAGCGCAAAGAACUAGAGGAAGCAAACCUUUCGCUUGUCGAGGAGAAAAAUAACCUUAUGCUUACCCUGGAAUCAUCUAAGGGAAAUAUUGCUGAGUUCAUGGAGCAGCAGGCCAAACUUACGACGCAGAAGAACGAUCUGGAGGCACAGCUAAACGACGCAUCAGACCGGUUGCAGCGGGAGGAGGAAGCGCGCGCCAAGUUGUUCCAAGAAAAGAAAAGAGGAGACCAAGACGUUCUGAACAUGAAAAGAGACGUUGAAGACUUUGAGGUAAAUGUUCAGAAAAUAGAGCAAGAAAAAUCGACCAAGGAUCAUCAGAUCCGCACUCUCAACGACGAGAUCGCCCACCAGGAUGAGCUCAUCAAUAAGGUCAACAAGGAGAAGAAGCAGCUACAGGAAAUGAAUCAGAAGACAGCUGAGGACCUGCAAAACAUCGAGGACAAGGCCAAUCACUUGAACAAGGUUAAGGCGAAGCUAGAGCAAACCCUGGACGAAUUGGAGGACUCAGUAGAACGGGAGAAGAAAAUGCGAGCGGAAGUCGAGAAAAACAAGAGGAAGAUUGAGGGCGAUCUGAAGCUGAGCCAGGAAGCCGUUGGCGACAUGGAGCGCAAUCACCGAGAACUGGAGCAGACUAUUCAGCGUAAGGACAAAGAGCUGGGAUCCCUUGCCUCUAAGCUCGAGGACGAGCAAGGGCACGUAUCCAAAGUGCAGAAGUCCAUCAAGGAGCUCCAGUCUCGCAUUGAGGAAGUCGAGUCCGAGGUCGAGCACGAACGCCAGGCGCGCGCCAAGGCGGAGAAGUCGAAGAGCAAUCUGUCGCGCGAACUGAUGGAGCUCAACGAGCGUCUGGACGAGGCCGGCGGCGCCACGGCUGCCCAGAGCGAGCUCAACAAGAAGCGUGAAGCCGAGCUGGCCAAGUUGCGUAGGGAGCUCGAGGAGUCCACUAUCCACCACGAAGCGGCCCUCGCUGUGCUGCGCAAGAAGCACACCGACGCCAGCGCAGAGAUGUCGGACCAGAUCGAUCACCUCAACAAGUCGAAGGCCAAGAUUGAGAAAGAAAAGGAACUUCUGAGGUAUCAGGCAGAUGAAGCAAAGGCGGCGAUGGAUUCUCUCACCCGCGACAAGGCCGCCGCCGAGAAGGCCAACAAGGGCAUUCAGAAUCAAAUCCUCGAAGUGAGCUCCAAGCUGGACGAGGCCGCUCGCACUCUCAACGACUUUGACGCCGCCAAGAAGAAGCUGGCGAUCGAGAACGGGGAUCUCCUGCGCCAGUUGGAGGAAGCCGAGAGCCAGAUCCACCAGCUGAACAACCUCAAGGCGUCGCUCACGACCCAACUGGAGGACACCAAGAAGGCUGCUGAAGACGAAGGAAAGGACCGCUCUAUUUUGCUUGGCAAAUUCCGCAACUUGGAGCAUGACCUCGAUGGUCUUCGCGAGCAGCUGGAGGAGGAGAGCGAGGCCCGGGCCGACGCCAACCGCAUGCUGUCCAAGGCCAACGCUGAGGCCCAGAUGUGGCGCGCCAAGUAUGAAUCGGAGGGCCUGGCUCGAGCCGAGGAGAUCGAGGCCGCUCGCCUGAAGCUUGCCGCUCGCCUCGAGGAAGCGGAGUCGCAGAUCGAGCAACUUAACCUCAAGAACUUGCAGCUUGAAAAGUCGAAACAGCUUGUUUGCAGCCAGGUUGAUGAAAUGCAAAUCGCAGUUGAUCAUGCUCAGAACUUGGCCAAUGCUGCCGAGAAGAAGCAAAGGAACUUCGACAAAGUUGUAGCGGAGUGGAAGCUUAAAGUCGAACAACUUGCAGGUGAACUCGAAGCUUCACAGAAAGAAUGUCGCAAUUACUCUACAGAGCACUUUAGAGUGAAGGCUGCAUAUGAAGAGAAUCUAGAGCAACUUGAUUCCGUGCGCCGUGAGAACAAAAAGCUUGCCGAUGAGAUUAAGGACAUGAUGGAGCAAAUCAGCGAAGGCGGCAGAGGCUUCCAUGAGGUUCAGAAGACUUCGAAACGACUGGAGAUUGAGAAGGAGGAACUUCAGGCUGCCCUUGAGGAAGCCGAGACAGCCCUCGAGCAAGAAGAAAAUAAGGUGCUGCGAGGCCAGCUGGAGCUGAGCCAGGUUAGGCAGGAGAUCGACAAGCGUAUCCAGGAGAAGGAAGAAGAAUUUGAAAACACGCGUAAGAGCUACCAGCGUGCUAUCGACUCUAUGCAAGCUUCUCUUGAAGCUGAAGCUAAGAGCAAGGCCGAGGCACUCCGUAUGAAAAAGAAGCUGGAGUCUGACAUCGGGGAACUUGAAGUUGCGAUCGAUUGCUCCAACAAGGCGAAUGCUGAUAUACAGAAGAGCAUCAAAAAAGCUCAGCUUGACCUUAGAGACUUGCAGGUUCGCAUUGAGGACGAGCAGCGCCUCGCCUCCGAGUACCGUGAACAGCACGCGGCGGCCGAACGACGCGCCAACGGCAUAAACAGCGAAUUGGAGGAAUCGCGCACUCUGCUCGAGCAAUCGGACCGCGGGCGACGCCAGGCGGAGGCCGAGCUCGCCGACGCCAAUGACUCGAUCGGGACUCUCUCCGCUCAGCACGGCUCUCUCACGGUGGCCAAGAGGAAACUGGAGGGGGAGCUGCAGACCCUACACGCUGAUCUGGACGAAAUGCUCAAUGAAGCUAGACACUCCGAGGAGAAGGCCAAGAAGGCCAUGGUAGACGCCGCUCGCCUGGCUGACGAGCUCCGCGCCGAGCAAGAGCACGCCCAGAACCAGGAGAAGAUGCGCAAAGGCUUGGAGCUCUCGAUCAAAGAACUUCAAGCUCGCCUGGAGGAAUGUGAAACAAAUGCGAUGAAGGCUGGAAAGAAGGCCGUCGCCAAGCUGGAAGGCCGCAUCCGCGAGCUAGAGACUCAGCUGGACGACGAGAGUCGCCGCCACGCCGACGCCCAGAAGAACCUGAGGAAGUGCGAGAGGCGCAUCAAGGAACUCACCUUCCAGUCCGACGAGGACAAGAAGAACCACGAGCGGAUGCAGGACCUGGUCGACAAGCUCCAGCAGAAGAUCAAGACCUACAAGCGCCAGAUCGAGGAGGCCGAGGAGAUCGCCGCCCUCAACCUGGCCAAGUUCCGCAAGGCCCAGCAGGAGCUGGAGGAAGUUGCCACUCGUGGAUAGGCAGAACAUGCAUGUGUAAAACUAUUAAAGCUGUAGUGAAAAUCAGGAGAGGUGAUUAUGUCGCCCUUUCUUAGCGCUCCCUACCCCGCUCGCAAAAUUAGCACAGGCAACGCUUAUCUUGCGUGCGGGUGCUGUCAGCUAUGGACCUGCCGAGAUAGAGAUAGUGAAGGUAGUUUUAAAGACGCUGGGGCUGUGCCUAAGGAUGAGAGCUUAUCUCUAAACGCUUUUCAGAUUUACAUUGGCUUGUGUGAAAAAAUUGUGUUUAGAAUUAAUAAAGGCAAUAUAAAAUUCAAUAUUUUUUUCUUAGCAUAGCAUCACAAUCGCUACUAAUGCCAGUAUAUCAAAACAUUUAAUAUCAUAGGUAUCACUAAAUAUAGAAGUGACGAUAUAAAAAAUCAGUAAGUAGGUCUGAAGAACUUGAUAUAAUGACUAGCGUAACUAACAAAAUUAGAAAAUUAGCUAUGGUUAUGCGACGCACACUUUUAACUCAAAAUAGAUAAUCAAGGUUUAGAAACAUGAAGACACUCUUGCUUAGCAACCUUGAUGAAGUCUCUCACGGACAUGUGACAGUGUGAAGUUUCCUUCAAAGACGAAAUAACUACCACAGUUGUAGACAAUACAGAAGAGCAAGCUUAAUAUAGGCCAAUGAUUU